AUCCAACACCUGAGCAACAGAAAACUGACCCCACCACACGAAACAAACGAAAACCAUGAACACACCACCAGAGAGCACGACAAACAAAAACAAGACAUCUACAAACACGCCACAAUCGCAAAUCAAACUCCGCGCCGUAAUGACGUCACACACCACAACACGCUUACGUCACGGGUCAAAGCCGACGGGUAAGAUCGGACGCUUCUGUUGACCCCAAAGGGAGGUUGUUUCAAUAGUGAUUCGAGGUGGUUAUCAUCAAAUUUGUAAAUUGAUCAUGACAGUGACAACUUGAAGAAGUUUUCAACAGACGGAGAAAAGUGAAAGACGGGUCGUCCUACAAGAGAAAUUAGGAGGACAGCCAUGAAGACUACAUUGUAAUUAAUACUGCGUAUUUAACAAGAUUAUAAGUUAUUGUCGGCCGGCAUUGGCGCUUGUACUGGGCGACCCCACUCCAGGACCUGCAGUACACGGAAGCCAGGUUGAAGCAGUACGCCAUGCACCUGCGAGGAGCGCUGCGGGAGGAGAAUGUGGGGCGCGUGGAGGCGAGCGUCACGGCCCUGCCGGAGCUGAGGCCAGAUGACGAAGUUCCCGUUCCGUUACAGAUCUCGGUCGAAGCUAUCAGCGGUGAAAACGAAAGGCAAUGCGUGUACGCUGGAAUAAUGUUGUCUUGGACAAAACCUCGCAGACCUUCUGAGCAAAAGAACUUGGUACAUCUACCGCUGUUGUUAUGCAGAGGUCAAAUGAAAACUAUUGAAUCUGUACACCUCACGUUGCACAUUUUAUUAAAUUGCAACAUAAAAGAGCUGACGUUUGCGAAUGAACAUAUGUUGUGGAUACUUGGCCUUGCUGCUCACUUUCAUGAUGAAAGGUUUAAUGAACUGCAUCUAAGAUUUCUCUCUCCGGGCCUGGGGGAUAAAAUUGUUCUAGACUUCACUAUAUUGAUGGCAGUACUCAAAGAACUUUGGAGAAGUAUCCACGGGACUGAAGAGAUGUACAUAACAUAUGACCAAAUAAGCAGUUUAAGAGAAAAGUGCUACGCAAUGCUUGAAGAAAUAUAUAGUGUAAAUUUAAGAAUGUUACAUUUAACUCGGAUAAAGUGCAAAGACUUGUCAGUGUCGGUCAAAGGCCACGUAAAGUUUUCGAGAGAGUUUGCCAAGUUGUUACUGACUUUUGUACACGAUAUAGGAUACAUGCAAGAGAGUGGCAUUACAGGUCAGAGGGAAGCUAAAUCAAAGCAAAAGACACAGAGGAGAAGAGAGGUAACAGACAUUCAGGCAGGCACUGGAGGAAGAAUUGCAGCAUUCUGCUGCAGUGAACGGCGGCAUUUCUUUUUGUAUGGAUCAUUUUCUCUACACUGUAUUUCAUAGUAACAUAACAGUCUGAUAAAAGGAUGGACUUUUCAUUAAAUUUGUGAAUUUGA